GGCGUGAUAUAGUCUCCCCAUGACAGGCAUAAAAUGUGUGUUGCUGUUACUGUGAAAAUAAACUCACAUCAGACAACUCUCAUAACAUAAUCUAGUCAUAUAGAAUAUAAUUUCGUAAAUAUAAUGGUUUAUUUUUUCUCUUCUCCUUUGGUUAUUUUAUUUACCGCUCUAUGCUAUGUGUGAUCCUCUGUCCUUUCCUUAGCUGGCAAUCUGGGUUCCAAAAAUCUGUCACCAUUCCAAAGCGAUGCGUCUUCGUAUGGCGAGCAGAGAGAGGAGAGAGAUAUUUAGAGCGAGACAUAUUUCUUUUUACACUGCCGAAGAGAAUACCGCAGCUAUUAAUAAAUAAAUAACGACGUAGUAAAACUGUUUGACAGUAUGACAAGAUCUCCUCUGACUUCUUCUGCUAAAGACACGAAAUAGCCUGACGCAAGCAUGUAAUAUCCGUCUCAAAUCACGUUAAAGCGAGCUGCAUAAAUAAUGCGGGCGUGAGUAACAUAUACUAUAAACGAAGGGAUAUAGCAGAGAGGAUAGCGGAGGGCCAGUGGUAAGCGGCUCACCACUACGAUCCUGUCGUCUGUGUCAGACCAAAGGCGGGGAGAGCGGGCCGAGACAGCAACAUGUCGAACCGAAAACAUCGGGACAACCAAGAGAUAUGCGCCCGCAAGGUUCGGGAGUUGGCCCAGGCUGGAGUAAACAAACACUGCUUCGAGUGCACUCAACCCGGGGUGACUUACAUUGAUAUCACCGUGGGCUGCUUCGUUUGCACGUCGUGCUCUGGAAUGCUGAGAGGACUCAACCCUCCCCACAGAGUCAAGUCUAUCUCCAUGACAACCUUCUCCCAACAGGAAGUGGAGUUUCUGCAAAACCAUGGCAAUGAGGUGGGAAGGAGGACCUGGCUGUGUGUCUUUGAGCCAAAGACAGAUGCAUGCUUCGACACAAGGGACUCCCAGAAGCUCAAGGAGUUCCUCCAGGACAAAUACGAGAAGAAGAAAUGGCAUUUUUCAAAGAACAAGAGCCGGAGGGAGGUGGAGGGACCUUGGAGCCCGUCGGGGUUGCAGGCCUUACCCUCCUCUCACGGCCCCCCGCCCGCCCAGGCCCCAUCCCACGCCGUGCCCCCCUCCGCCAGACCCAUACGCACACUGUCCCAGUCCCAGCUCUCGUCCUGGGGGGACAGAGUCCCCGCCAUCUCCCCUGCGGACAUGAGGGCUGAUGUGUUUACCGGCCGUGCUCCCUCACGCUCCCAGAGUUUUAGAGACCCCCCAUUGAAAGAGUCUCUACUGAGAGGUAUAGAGAGACAACGUCCAGGCUCUCUGUCUUCAACGAUGGGACCCCAGAGCCACGCCCCCUCCUUUCCUGCCCUCCCUCGACCCUCAGGUCGUACAGUGUCCUCCUCGGGGGGCUUAGCCCCCUUCAGGGCCUUCCCUAAGUCUUUGAGUGUGGAUUUUGGGGGGCUCAGCCAGCAGCAGAGUCACAGUGCCCUCAGCAUCACCCCCCCAGCCCCCAGCCCAAACACACACACAAACCACCAGGACCGCUACGCUGCCCUGUCCCAACUUAACAGUGUCUUCUCUGACACGUCGCCUGGACCUGGACCUACAGCAACCCCCGGUGGACUACCCCAGUAUAGCACCCUAUUUGGGAACCGCCUGUCCUCUAGUUCCACUCCUGCCAGCUCUCCAGGCGUGGAUGCUGUGUCGGGAUCCCAAACAUUUGCAAACUUCCCCAACCCGUUCAGCUCCAGUUCCAGCUCUCAGCAGCAGCAGCCUGCCCUGUCCCCCAGUAACCCCUUCAACAGGUCCACCUCAGGAGGUGACUCCAGUGGGUUCGUCAGCUCUCCAACCUCAGUGUUCCCUCCGUCCGCCACCUUCCCAACUCCCGCUACCCAGAAUGCAUUUCCACACAAGCAUGCCAACAACCAGGAAGCCAACGGUUUUACCUCUUUCCCUGCAUCGGACUCUCAACCCAAAGUUCCUCGUCCAAUGUCAGUGAACCCAUUCACGGGGAAUGUUUACCCAAGUAGAGGAACGUCGCGAAACCCUUUCAUCUGAUAGUGGCGCCCCCGGCUACCCCCCAACCAUCCCUGGGCACAUGAAGACCAGUGAACUUUAGGAGCUGCUGCCAUUUCAAUGCCUCUAGAGUAUUUUCGCCUUCAGAGAGAGGGGAAACAUUCAUGCAGGCUCCUCUCCUCUCCCCUCUACGUGUGUGUGUGUGUGUGUGUGUGUGUGUGUGUGUGUGUGUGUGUGUGUGUGUGUGUGUGUGUGUGUGUGUGUGUGUGUGUGUGUGUGUGUGUGUGUGUGUGUGUGUGUGUGUGUGGAGUCUCUGUACAGUAAUGUUGAUCCGUUGAAAUAAUGUGUACAAGUGCGUGCCUGUGUGUGUGUCUGUGAGUGACCAUAUAUUAAAGGUGUUUGUAUGAAUAGAAUCCACCUCAGGGCUCAGUGGGUCCCAUCAACAAGACACACACACACACUUCGCUGUUUCUCCCAUGUCCCGCUUUUGUGCAUCAACAGUCCCAUUCGUAAAACAGUACGCCAAAUCAUCACAUUCGGCUUGCUUUUUGGAGCCACCUCUGAAAACGGCCUUCAAAAACUCCCCAAAACUAGCCAUUCCAGUCAGUCAGUCAGUCAGUCAGUCAGUGUGUAUCAAGUUACAGAAGGGAGAGAUAUCCCGCUUCAAGGCUAUGAGAGCUGAACAAGACGAGGAAAAAAUGAUGACAAGCAAGCAUUUUUCCCCCUUAGUGAUGGUUAUGGCAGCCUUAACACAACAUUCUCCUAAUGCAUGUAGAUAGGAGGACAUUACAGACAAGCCUGUCUUUAGCCCCAUGUGCUGUGUGUAUGUAUGUGGAAACCACGUUUGUAUUGUUUUAUGUCCGUUUUUGUCUUGGGUAAAUCAUUUGUGUUUAAGUCUCAGGCUGCAUGCGCUUGGAGGGCUUCAAGAGGAGAUACUAUUGAAUGUAAAAGCUAUUUUCAAAACAAAACUGUUUUAUUUCUCCCUGUAACGGACCAAAUGUUUGUUCUUUUGGGUGAAAAUAUGGAGAUGAAAUUGAUCUCUUGCAAACAAAAGAAAGAGUUCUAUUGAGCAAGUGUUUCUGAUGAUGUGUCCAUGUUCAUCAAUUCAAAUAUUUGUUGCGUCUUUAAA